AUGCGAGGCAAGAGUCCGUUGGACAAUCUGUGCUGGCUACCGGAUGCGUACAUGCAGCUUUGCGUGCCACAGCUUGAGCCAUCUCGCAGCGAUCUGCGGCCGAAACUGCAAUUCGUCGGAACCUUCCUAGGCUCUAAUGACACAAGCCCCCUUCCAGAGUGGUUCCGGAGCUUUGUGGUGGACGGCAAAACGUACGGUCCCUUGCUAAUGGUUACUUCCGGCACCAUCCCAGGUAUGGACGUGAGCGAGCUCAUAAUACCUACCAGUGAAGCUUGCCGUGAUCUGCCGGUGCGCUUAGUGGUGUGCGCCGUACACGCUUCGAAGCCUGAAAACUACGUACUGCCAGACAAUGUUCGAUGGGCGGAGUGGAUAUCUUUCGACGAGCUGUUUAAAUACACUGACAUUGCCAUCACAAAUGGCGGAUACGGUGGUAUUGACCAGGCCUUUGCAAACGGUAUCCCUAUGGUACUCGCAGGGUGCGUUUAUGAAGGGCAUAUACUUUACUCGCUCCCUCAAAGAUCGCUGACGCUCUUACCUUUACUUUGUAGGUUGACCGAGGACAAGGCGGAAACGACGGCUCGUGCGGAAAUGACUGGCGCGGCUAUCAAUCUGCGCACCCAUACCCCCACCACAGAGCAGGUGCGGGAGGCAAUCAAAAAGAUGGUCGGUGAAUCCAAAUAUAAGCAGAGAGCGCUGGUACUGAAGCAGGCAUAUGCCGAGUGCGAUGCCGUCGGAAGCAUUGUGAAAGAGAUCCACAAGCAGGCCGAGAGCUUCUACGGCAAUGGCAGGACAGGAGUCAUCGCGAACGGGCACGCAUGA